GCUUUUCCAUUUCGACACAAAUGGAAGACAGUGGAUGAAGCCCUAUCCGGUUUCUCACCCUACAGAUUUGUCUUCUUCUCGCACGCUUGCCUUGUCCACCGAGAGAAAUUCGAGAGAGAGAGAACAAAAAAUCAAACAGGCAUCCAAAAAGAAGGGAGAGGAAGAGGGAGGGAUUGAAAAGCUAGGGUUUUCGCCAUGGCCAUUGCCCACCUCGAGCUCCCCUCUCUCGAAUCCACCCUUCCCAAGCUCUCCUAGCUCCCGCAUCUCGUAUCUUCACAAAAAGCAGACGCCUUUGAUUCCCCUUCCCGCUGCGUCGCCCCCAUUCGAGGGUUUUCCCUCCUUCCCCAAAUCGAAUCGCAGCAUUACCGACCGAGCAAGCAACCCACCAACCCACCCGCUUUAAGGGUCCGAGCCGAGCGACGGCGCUGGCGAUCCAGCUGGGCGUGAGGGCGGCGGAGGCGGCCGGAUAAUCAAUGUGUACGCUGUGCGCCGUGCAGCGGUGGUCGCGGCGCGUCGCCACCAUGCUCCCGUGGCUCGUCGUCCCGCUCAUCGUCAUCUGGGCCGCCACUCAGCUGCUCCUCCCGGCCGCCUACCGCUUCGAGGUCACCUCCCCACGCCUCGCCUGCGUCUCCGUCCUCCUCCUCACCCUCUUCUGGUACGAGAUCCUCCUCCCGCGCCUCUCCCUCUGGCGCUCCCGCCGCUCCGCGCGCCUCCGCGAGGAGCGCCGGGCCCACGCUCUCGAGCUCCAUAAGCUCCGCAAGACUGCAACACGGCGCUGCCGCAACUGCAGCAACCCGUACAGGGACCAGAACCCUGGCGGUGGUAAGUUCAUGUGCUCUUACUGCGGUCAUGUCUCCAAGCGCCCCGUGCUCGACCUCAAUUCAGCCGGGAAGGCCCCUACCGGAUGGCCUUGUGCUCAGGAUUGUGGAUAUUGGCUGGACCUGCACUGCUCCUCCAGCAAUAACAGCUCCUUCUUGGGAUUCUCGUGGCGCUUACUUUCAUCCUUUUGCUCGACAGCAAUGAGGUGGUUAUUAAGGAAUAUAUUCAGAUUUACAUUGUCAGGGGAUGGUGAGGGCUUGAACAUAGAUGGUAAAAGGUUGGCAAAGAGUGGGGAGAAUGGAGGAAAAACCGAGGAGAGCAGGACCAACAAGGCAAGAAGGAAGGCAGAGGAGAAGAGACUGGCAAGGCUGGAGCGAGAAAUGCUGGAGGAGGAGGAAAGGAAGCAGCGAGAGGAGAUGGCUAAGCUAGUAGAGGAACGGAGGAAGCUGAGGGAUGAAAAGGCAGAGGCUGAAGAGCGGUCAAAAAGCGCUACCCCUGUUGGGGAGAAGGAUGCUAGGAGGGAGGUAGAGAAGCGGUGUCAGGAGAGGAAGAAGAAAGAGGACAAGGGAUCAAGUAAAAGCAAUUCAGAUUGUGAGGACAUUGAUAGAAGAUUGAACCAAGAAGGCGAUAGAAAGCGAGACUUUGACAGAAAGAGCGACUUGGACAGGCGUGAGAGUUACAAGCCUCGUUACUUCGAUGCUAACAGUCACAGUAAUAAAACAGGGGAGAGCAGAUCAAGAUACUUUGGCCGUGUGACAGGUGGCUUCUUAUCUUCUUCAAGAGGGUUUGGUGGCGGUUCCUUCUUUGGCAGAAGUGCUCAGGCCCCUGCUCCUCAAGUUAGCAAGGUUAGUAGAUCUGUAGUUCCUGCAACUGACCAGGGUAAUGCAAUCAAAAGAGAUGUCCAGCAUGCAGCCACGCAAGCUACAGACAAAUCUGCUACAGCUGGAGAAACUAGAAAUGCAUGGACUAAUUUUAAUCGACCUGUUAGUCCAAAUGUGCAGCCACACCCUACUGGCCUUAAAAAGUCAUGGCAUCAGCUUUUUAUACGCUCAGCAUCAGUGGCCCCUUAUCCUGACGUUACAACUUCAGCUCAUGAUAUGAUUCGGAAGCCAGAACCAAAUGGAGCACAAAUAAACAAUGCUCAUACAUUUCUCUCUCAGUAUCCUCCUCUGGACUGCAAGCCAAGUUCAAGCCAGUCCAUGCAAUAUCCUGGUUUUCCACCACUUAAUGGAGCACCUCCCAGUAACCCACUAUUUCAUUUUUCUGCUGGACAUAUGCCCUUCUAUGAUGAUGCAGAAUCAACACUACUCGAAGAAUCAGAGCAAUUUGAGGACCCAUGCUAUGAUCCAGAUGCAAUUGCAUUACUUGGGCCAGUUUCAGAAUCUUUAGAUAACUUCCCUCCGGACUUAGAUUGUGGAUUCUUCUCGAGUGAUGUUGCUAAAGAACCACAUGGGUGGCCUUCACCAAUUGAGUCUCCUCUCUCAAGAUCCCACACGGUUGAAGAAAAGCUUACCAAGCCCUCGCACUCAUCAGUUGCAAGAGGUUCUGGUGGUCCCAUUCUGCCUGUGACUAGCAGUGAACAAGGCACAUGGCAAAUGUGGAGCACGCCAUUGGUUCAGGAAAGUUUAGGUUUGCAAGGUCCUCAGAGUCAGUGGUUUCAACAAAACACAAAUCAAUUUAACCAUAGUGCUAACCUUUUCAGUAGUGGAGGCAGGGCAAGAAGUCCCCUGGGUACUGGUUUGAAUGACAGUGAUCCAUGGCUUCAGAAAGCACCUUUCCAACAAUUGCCACCUGAUACAUCAAGCCUGUUCCUUUCACAUGAAAUGCCAGGAAAAUUGCACAAUGACUUGGCUUUCGGGUCUCCAAACAAAUCAGCCCGCGAACACCCCUUUGGGCCACCUGGUUAUUUGUUGCCUAAGUCUAGACAUCACCCUGCUUCCUGCCUAGCACCUGAAGCAUUUGGGAGCACUUAAACUGCAGAUACGUGUUUAUGAUAUUUCUCACUUUCAUGUAUUGUUUUUCCUUGAUGCAUGGAUAUAUGGUAUUAACAGUUCUGCACUGCAGUUGAAUUGACAAACUACCAUAAUGAAUACUUAGCUAGCUAGGAUUGUGGCUGGGCGUCUGGCUGGUUGCAUAAUUUGGUCCACUGGUUGUGAUUGUUGAACAUAAACACAACUCCACUAAAUAUAGUCAACCAGGAGGGUGCCACAGAGACAGAAGCUAAAAGGCAAGUUUUAUAGGAUGUUGAUUAGACCUACUAUAUUGUAUAGUGCAGAAUGUUGGUCUAAAAAAGAUGGCGUGUUCAAUGUAUAAUUGUUGCGGAAAUGCGUAUGUUGGAUAUUGAGUUUACUACAAUUGUGGCAUUGUUGAAUAUUGAGUUUACUACAAUUGUGUUUCAGGCCUGCUAAAAAUUUUCCCCUUUUUACCAUUGUUGAUUGAUUGAGUGAGAACGCCUGAUUAUAUGGUUUAUGCAGGGAGGAACUGGUGCUGGAUGGAGCUCAGGAAGGCGGCGGCGGGCAUGUUCUGUCGCCGUCCGGUGCACAUGUUGGCUUGUUUUCUCCAACAAGUCCUGAUGUGCAGCCACUGUGGCCAUUCAGUGAAAAAAGAGAGCAUAGAACGAACAGACUUUUGUAAUAGAAGGAAGGGAAAAUGUGGAGCCAAGGCUUCCUUGCCUCCUCUCAUGUAGGGUUUACGGUCGGAUAUAAGCUGGACUGUGUUCCUCUUUUUUGCACUGCAUUGGGCCUUGUUUCACCUGAUGAUGUUUUAUGCCUGUAUGUAUGCUAUUGUUUCUGUGAUGUCGCAAGUGGUGGGUAGUGGAGGCAGGCGAGAGAGGCGGAUAUGGUGUAGGAGUAGAAGAGAAGGGUCUAUCAUGUCUUGUUGUUUUGUUGCCA